AUGUUUAGAAAUUCAUUAAAAAAUCUUCGGAUAAGAUAUCCAUGUUAUCUAUACCCUGAAAGAGUUUACAAGUGUAAUCAGGCAAAACAAUUUAGUGGAUUAUCCCAAUAUAAUCUUGUACCCAGGAAUCGAAAGAAGUUAACAAUAUUUAACUUGUGUCCUUGCCGAUCAAUGUUCAUACAGACCCAAGAUACACCAAAUCCAAAUUGUUUAAAAUUUCUGCCGGGUACAAAAGUUCUUGAUCCUGGUCAAACCCUUGAUUUUCCAAAUAUAGGAUCAGCGCAAUGCAGCCCUCUAGCUAAAAUGAUUUUUCGCAUAGAGGGUGUGAAAGCAGUGUUUUUUGGUCCUGAUUUUAUCACAGUUACUAAACAAGAAGAUGAUGUUGAGUGGAAAUUACUUAAACCUGAAAUUUUCGCUACAAUAAUGGACUUUUUUGCUAGUGGUCUUCCUAUUGUUACAGAUGCUAAGCCCUCUGGAGACACUCAAAUAAAUGAUGAUGAUGAUGAAAUAGUUCAAAUGAUUAAAGAACUCCUAGACACUCGCAUUAGACCAACUGUGCAAGAAGAUGGAGGUGAUGUCCUCUUUGUGGAUUUCAAAGAUGGAGUAUUGAGGCUCAAAAUGCAAGGUUCUUGUUCAUCAUGUCCCAGUUCCAUCGUAACUUUAAAGAAUGGUGUGCAAAAUAUGAUGCAGUUUUAUAUACCAGAGGUUUUAGCUGUCGAACAAAUAGACGAUGAAGGAGAAAACUUGAGUGAGAAAAUAUUUAAAGAAUUUGAACAGUUAAAAACAAAGGAGAAAAAUGAGUAA